UAUUGGUUUGAGAGAGGAGAAGUAUAUACAACAUAUUGGUGCCGUGACCCUUGGCCAGAAGAACUUUACAGAGUCUGCCUGGAGUGUGGUGAGUAUAAUUGUUAUUAUAUUAUAUUGCUGUGAUUUGUUCGUUUGAUAUGACAUGCAACAUGGAGGAUGCAAAAGUUACUUAUUCUGAAAAUGUUAAGAAAUGGCUUCUGAAUUAUAUUAAGAGACAUGGUGGUCCUUAUGAAAUCCCACAGGACUGUAAACAGUCAUGGGAGAUGUUGCAGAAGUUUUUGGGAGAGACAUUAUUUGAAAAAAAGGUGUCAGAGAGUAAAAGAAAAGGUUGCAUUGUGCAAGGACUACUCUCUUGUUGUUUAAGAUUGGAAGAAAUUGUGAAAGCAAAUGAGGAUAAGUUGGCAGAGCUGAAUGCUUCAAUUAAAGUAAAAUCUGAAAAGCAUGAUGAGAUGUAUAAUGAAUUAAAUAAUAAGAUUGUUGAUCUUAGAGUGUAUGCAGUAGCAACUGGAGAAGCUUUAAUUGAAAAGGCCAAAGUGUGUGAGGAGCUUAAAGAGGAGAAUGAAAGGGUGAAUGAGAAAAUGUUGGAUUUGCAGAGAGAAUUGGAUGAAUGCAGACAUGCUACCAAUAUGGCUUUUAAUAAAAUGGCAGAAAGUAUGGCACCUUCUAGUAUGUCUCCUGCACCUGAAAUUCCUGGGUCCGUUAACUCAGGGAUUAGAGAUAUAGGAUAUAAAUCUAUUUACCCAUGGGAUGAUCUGAAACAAAAGCCAGUGAGUAUCCCUGCUGCCCCAACUACAGCAACUACAGUGUUAAAUCCUGAUAAUACUGGUGGGAUACAGCUUGUUACUAAACAUUUAAAGCCACAAGAAAUGGAUGCCAUUGUUAAAGAAAUAGGCCUGGUUCCCCAGCAUGACAUUAACCGUUUUUUGCAAUGGUUUUGUGGGUUUCAAAGAGUAAAAGAGAUGUAUAGCUUGACAAGAGAGGAUAUUGAAAGAGUGCUGCAGAGAGUUGCUGGAAAUGGAUUGUGGGUUAGGAUUGUACAGACAUGUGGUCAGCAGUGUAGAACUAGGGAUAUGUUGAAAGAGAUUUUAAGAGCAUUGUAUGGAAUUACAUCUGGUAUGUCGUUGUCUGGCAAAAUUAAACAACUGAAACAAGAAUCUCCUUAUGAAUUGUCGGCUAGAAUAUCUACAGUUAUGGAACAAUUGGUUGUCAGUAAUCCUGGUUUUGAACAGGGAGGGCUGAUGCAUAGAUCAAUGUUUUUAGAUGCAUUAGAGCAAGAGGUUAGAGAGGAGAUUUUAUCAGUAACCCCAGAUCCAUCAGAAAUGUGUGACAUAUUAUUAAGAGCUGAUAAUUUGUGGAGAAGAAAGAUUAAAAAUGAGAGUUUUGCUGUUGAUGCUGCAAGAAUUUUUAGGGUAGAGGGGCAAGAGAGAAGAGACAGGUCUGGCAUGUAUUCUCAGAGGGGGAAUAGAUUUCAGAAUAUGGGAGGUUAUAGAACUGAUAACGACUCAGAUAGAGGAAGGAGGGUAAAGAGUGAUAAACCGUUAAAACCAUGGGUACCUUUUCAUGAAAUAAAAAAUGAAAGAGAUCGCUUACAGGAAGAACUAGACAAUGUGAAAUAUGAAUUGGAUAAGAUCAAGAAUGCAAAAACAAGGGUAGCUACUGUGGAAGACAACAAGGUAGUUCACCCUAAAGAAAAAGGUGAUUGUUAGGAAUUCCGAGCCCCCCGAGCCCCUUCUUGUCAUUUUCUCACGAAUUUGAUCUUAGAUCCCUGGGGGCGGCCCACUGUUGAUGUUUCAUUAGGGGGAACUCGAGUACAAGCGCUGCUAGAUAGUGGGGCAGCUGUAAGUUUUAGCAAGCAUGUUAAUCCAGGAAAUGAGAAAAUUAGAAUUACAGGUAUUACGGGGCAUUCCAUUGAAGCUCCUUUUGUACGUGAUGUGGAAAUGCAAAUUGGUCAGGAAAGAUGGGUAUGUGAUGUUGUAUGUGAAAAUCAAGAUAUUAUUGGAGCAGAUGUUUGUUUGGAACAAGGACUGGUUGUUGAUUUGGCUAAUUUAAAAUUGUGGAAAAUGGAAGGAAAAGGAAAUACAGGCCAUGUAUGGCACCCUCCGAUGGAACUAGCAACAGCGACAGUGAAACCAGUGGGGGAAGCAAGGGGGUGUUGGGACCCCAAAUGGAAUGAUAUUAUGAAUGAGUAUCAGGAUGUCAUUGCAGAACAUAAACAGGACUGUGGUAAAAUGCAAACAAUGGUGUUGCUGGAAGGCAGUGAUCCACCAGCCCAAAAACAAUAUCCAAUACCCAGAGAAGCUUUCCAGUCCAUUACAGGAGUAAUUAAGCAAUUAGAAGCCCAGGGCACAUUGGUAAGAGGUGCGUCUAUAUGUAACAGCCCGGCAUGGCCAGUGUCUAAGCCCGAUGGAACGUAUAGAUUAACGAUUGAUUACCGAGUUUUGAAUAGACAUUCAAAAAGCAUGGCCCCUAUUGUUGCUGCUUAUCCAGAAAUUAUUGGUAAGAUAACUCCAGACAUGAAAGUGUUUUCUGUGGUUGAUAUUAGUAAUGGUUUUUGGAGUUUAAGUCUUGAUCCCAGGUGCCAAUACAGGACUGCUUUUACUUGGGAAGGAAUCCAGUAUAUGUGGACAGUUCUACCGCAGGGUUACAAAGAUAGCCCAGCCAUUUUUCAUGCUCA